UGGUGCUGGAAAGACACUCAGCGUCGUCGUCAGCAGUUGCAUCGCGGGGCGGAGAGGCGGACCACGGCGAGGGAAAUCAGAUUUCUGGAAACUGACACGGAAAUAGCGCAAAAGGAGACACUCACCUGUUAGACUACUGAACUGCCACUAUGCAGUCGACACAGCGGUCCAGCGCAGAUUAGGCGGCGGUGAUGGAUAAAACCCUGGAAAUGAUUAUUCCACAGAUUGAGUGUGUGUGUGCAGAUGAGGCUCUGUGCUGACGAGGCCUCCUCUUUCCGUGCCUGGAAUAUUCUGGGUCCCAGGAGGGUUUUUUUGUCAUCACCAUGAUCAGAUUCUUCAGGAGACUCUAGCACUGCAGACCCCCACCAAAGAGGGAAGAGGCUGGGCUUGGAACCCUGUAUAUCCCAAAUUCAAAGUCGGACAUAGCGAAGGACCCAAGAACCAUGUAGUAUACCUCUUUCCGCCACAGGGGGGAGGGUAAACUUUGUAGUUCUUUUUUUGAACUGUUUUUUUUAAUUUUUUUUGGCUGGGAGUUGGUCUACAAGGUGAGCCAGAAAUGGUCUUGCACACCUCUCCCUACCCUAGUGCCUUCCUCAGCUUUCUGAGCCGUCUGUCUUGGGCCUUUGUUUUCCCUUGCUACUGGUUGUUGGACCGGUUGUUGGCCUCCUGUGUAGCAACAUCACUAGAGAAGCGUAGACGCUCCCAAGAUCCCUGCUCUUUUUUGGCACUUGGGGUCCUGAUCUCUACACCACUCUACCUGGUGCUGUUACUGGCAUCCUUACCCUUUGCUUUUAUUGGCUUCCUCUUGUGGGCCCCACUGCAGACCAUCAGGAACCCCUACAUCUACUCUCACCAGAAACCAGACAAGCAUGGCGCCGAGCAGGGAACAUCGACUGGAACCGGGGCGGCACUUGCUGAGUGGCGUCUACAAGGUCGCAGCUUUUGCUUUGGCAGUGCCAAUGUUUGCCUGCUGCCGGACUCACUCGCACGCUUCAACAACCUUGCGGACACUCAACGCCGAGCUCGUGAAGUGGGCAAGCGGAUCCGUAAUGGUGCCAGCAGACCCCAGAUCAAGAUAUACAUUGACUCGCCCACCAAUACUUCAAUUAGUGCGGCAUCCUUCUGCAGUUUGGCCACCCAGGGCUUCCGCCGCACCUCAUCUUUGGACCAUCGUCCCGAGCCUGUAGUCACCACUGAGCCUGAGACUGAGGCCUUAACUGAGUGUCCCAUUCACCCCUCAGGAGGUACAAGCUCGGAUUGCCCCGUCCACAGCACUGGAGCCCAAAAUUCCUCAGAGUGCCCCCUCCACCCCAAUGAAGAAGAGCAUGUUCCUGAUUGUGCCGUCCACCAGUUUGCAGACCCACACUCCUCUGGUGAGUGUCCAGUACAUAGCAACAUCAUCCAGAACUCAGAGGACUGUCCUCUCCAUCCGGCUGGAGUGCAAAUCAGCAUCACCUCUCCUGAUUCUGAGCCGACUGAGGCUGAAAAAGAGAACCACCAGACCGGGGAUGGGGAUACGGGUAGCCUAGAAAGCCGUACGGCCUCACGGGAAUCCCUGGUUCGCUUCCACGCAGCCGAUGGAGGCAUCUCCCCCAACAAUACCCUUUCACAACACCGCACCUCAGUCUUUAAAAGGCCGAUUGGGCGCAAACGCCGUCAUGGAGACGACGGCUUUGACCAUGAGAUCUCUGCCUUCUUCCCUGCCAACCUGGACUUCCUUUGUCUGCAGGAAGUCUUCGAAAGGCGAGCUGCAGACAGGCUCAGGAGGCAGCUGCACCGCUAUUUUCCAUUUGUGCUGAGUGACGUGGGACGCUAUGGCUGGAAAGGCUGUUGCUCCCGCUUCAAGUUCUUGAACAGCGGGCUUCUUUUGGCCAGUCGCUACCCUAUUCUGGAUGCCCAUUAUGAGUGCUUCCCUAAUGGGCACAGCGAGGAUGCUCUGGCUGCUAAAGGAGUUCUUUUUGCCAAGGUGCAGGUGGGAAGCUCUGCUCAGGAUCAGCGGGUUGUUGGAUAUAUCGCUUGCACUCAUCUGCAUGCUAUUGAAGGUGGGUGUCUAUACACACACACAAAUAGAGCAGACAGAUUGAUAUGUCAUAUAUAGUCUUAUCUGAAACUAGUAUAUCAUAGAGACUUAAAUGGCCAGUUCACGCAAAAAUGUAAAUUCUGUCAUCACUUACUCACC